UCGACACGCCUCAGGCUAGUAGAAAGGGAGCUGAAUCUCAUGAGGACAAAAAGCAAGAGGCUGGCCAAGAGGCUUCGCCGCAGCCAGGCUUUGACAUCUUUCAGGACAGGAGACGCCAGCAGCAGCAGCAGCAGCACCAGCAGCAGCGACGACGAAGGAGAUGCAGAGAUUGAGGUGGAAAUAGGGGAGGAUCCACCGCAGCUGACUCCUGAGCAGCUGGGCCCUCAGCCUCCACAGCUUCCCCCUUUGACACUAUGUGAACAGUGACUAACUCAAGGCCUAUGUUUCUGCAGAUACACAGCCCACCUCCAGUCUGUGGGGAAAACCAUCACGACUGCAAACUUUUAUAUGAGGAACAUCCAGCAGUUCCUCA